AUCCAACCGAAGUCAGACGGAAACGUACAGGCUGCGUGCUUGCGGUGAAGUGUGCGCAGCGAAGUCGCUCGGUGAGUUGACAGCAGUCGACGAGCCACCUCGCGGGCUUCCAUCGAUCUGGUAUCGGUUUUCGCAUCGAUUGGUUCACCGUAAAUAAUGGAACUUACCAGCGGCCUCCCCUCACGCACAAGCUAUUAGCUGUGAGGCUAACGGCAGCUAGCUGCAUCUUUUAACGAGCCAGCGAGCCGCUGGGGAUGAAGGUCCGGAGGUCUUCAUCGUGACGAAGGAGAAGCUGCGAUGGAGGACUGCGAUGGGGAGGACACGGAGACACCUGAUCUUCCCCUGGAGAUCCUAGUUUACAUCCUUCGCUUUCUUCACACAUCGGACAGGAAGGAAGCUUCGCUGGUCAGCCGCAGUUGGUACUAUGCCAGCCAGGACCUUAGCUUUCAGAAAAAUGUCACCUUCUGCUUCCCGGCUUCAGCCUCGUCGCUGGAGCUGAUCAAGGGUCUGAGCAGAAAGUCACGCUGCAGUCUUAUUAUCAGCCAGCUCGAUGGGUUCAGUAUGUCCAGAUCACUGCUUCUGGAGGUGGGUCUGUGCCUGGGCUCCAAGUUGGAGAGCUUGUCCCUUCCUGGCAGCAGUAUCACCGAAGCCUCUCUGCUUGCACUCCUCCCCCGUCUCACCUCCCUCCGCAGGCUGGACCUCAGGGGCCUGGACAGCCUCUUCAUGUCCGGCGCUUUCCUCUCGAGGGAGGAGCACAGACAGCAGGUCCGGUCGGCUCUGUCUGGGCUGGAGGAGCUGGACCUGUCCGACCUGCGGUACCUCUCCGACGUCACCUUCAACCGGCUCACCGGGUGCACCCCUCGCCUCCGCCGCCUCUCGCUGGCCGGCUGCCACAUCGCCUUCGAGUUUGACCCGUACCGAGGCUGCCCGGUGGGGGACGUUAAGGAUUCCUCGGCAUUGCUGUCGCUGAGGAACGUACGGAGGCUGUUGACGGAGCAGAAAUCCUCCCUUGUUGCUCUGGACCUCAGCAGGACUUCUAUUACCCCCGAGUCACUACGCACGAUAGCACAGGUUCAGGAUUUGGUCUUGGAGGAACUGAGUCUGCACGGCUGUAAGGAGCUCACUGAUUACUCGGUGGAGGUUCUGGUGCAGCACCAGCCGAGCAUCCAGCGGCUGGACAUCAGCGCCUGCACGGAGCUGACCAGCAGGUCCGUGGAGGCCACAGCGCGCGGCCUCAAGUCAAUGACUCACCUCUCUUUGUCGCGCAAUUGGAGGAUCACUGAAAAAGGCCUCGCCGAGCUGCUGUCCGUGUCGUCCCUGAGGAGGCUCGAUCUGUCCGAGUGUCUGCAUGUCAGCGGGACAGAGGUCGUGAAAGGCUUGACGGGAUCGUGUGCUGCCAGAGCACAGCUGGAGACACUCAGCCUCAAGGGCUGCACCUACAUCAGGGAUCUUGCAGUUUUCUCUCUCACCCAGCUUCUGGGGGAUUCCCUCCGCGAGCUCGACCUGACGUCAUGUGUCAACGUGACUGACCUGUCCGUGCGCGCCAUAGCCACGUACCUGCUGAAGCUGGUGGUCCUGCGGCUCGGCUGGUGUAAAGAAGUCACAGACUGGGGUCUGCUGGGGAUCGUGGAAACGACCAAAUGUGAUCCCGACCAGGAGACGGGAGACAAGGGUCCGAGGUUCACCCGGACCUUUGGCAACAUGGGCUUCUUCAAGCCCCCUCGUUUGCCGUUUGAGGAGCGGCCCAAGCUGGUGACCCAGACCGACCUGCAGCAGUUCAAACAGCAGGCCGGAGCUUCACUCUUGGCUCUGUGCAGGCUGCAGGAGCUGGACCUCUCGGCCUGCCCCAAGCUCACCGACAGCAGCAUCACGCAGGUGGUGCGUUACCCGGACCUUCGCCGCCUGUCGCUCUCCAUGCUGCCGGAGAUCUCCGACGCCAGCUUGGCCUCUGUGGCUCGGCACUGCCGCAGCCUCACCAGCCUGGCUCUCAGCCACUGCCCGGGCAUCAGUGACUGCGGCGUGGCACAAGCCGCGCCGCACCUGCACAGGCUGCAGCACCUCUACCUCUCCUGCUGCAAUAACAUCACUGACAGGUCUUUGUUCCUCCUGGUGCAGCACUGUGGCCGCCUGCGAACACUCGACAUCUCGAGGUGCAAAAACAUAUCGGUAACGGCUGUUGACGUCCUUCAGUCUCAGCUGCCUUUCUUCGAAAAUGUCCACUGCAAAUAUAUAGGUGGCGCUGAUCCGUCCCUUGCGCUGACUGAUUGAAUGUCCUCUGCUGGAUGACCGCCGGCAGCCGCCUGUCACCCACAUGUCUGUGAGGCCGAGGCCACGUGUGUGGCACUAAUGUGGAAGGUGCUUCUGCUGCCCGCGCGGUCAAGGUUGCACACGUUUGCGUAUGCUUGGAUUCAAACGAAAAGACUGCACAGACAAAUUAUAUAACCCCAAAAAAGCUUUGACCGGAAUGGUUAUAUUUUAUGUGGCGCAUCAUCACAGAGGGCUUUCAUAUAGUUUUCAUAUGAGUACGUGCACAAUUACCUUGAAACCAAAACAAAACCAUGGAAGUAAAUAAGUAAAUACCACAACAUCUCAGUACAGUGAGAAUGGAAUUUGUUUUAAUGAGACAGAUUUGCUCAUUGUUUUAAUUUAAAUGAAAUAACAAGCUGCUUCAAGGUAAACGGUAAGAGAAAAAUGAAAGACCCUCUUCCUUACCAAAUAAUUAUGUUGGGAUGAAAAGUUCGUUUUUUUAAAUAUAUAUGAUCAUGUAAUUUAUUUAAUUAUUUCUGACUAAUCUUUUUCUGACCACAUUUGCUAAAUGAGCUGCUGACUUUGUUCUUGCUUUUCCUUUUUUUAGUGCUUAACAUGAGUAAAUGUCUGGUUUUCAGCGAUAAAGGAAGGUAAGACUUAGUAGUACAAGUGAAGAUGGAUAUGAAGUCAACAAUCAACCUUUAGACCAAGCUGCAUAUCUCGUAGUUCUUAACCUUUUGAUUGGGUUAGUUCUUUGCUCUACUUGAAAGCAAUUUCAAAAUCGAUUUUAAAUACAAUGCUAAUACAGGCAACCUUUUGAAAUAAACUACUUCAUAGAUUUAGGGAGAUUUAUUGGAGGAAAUCGAAUAUAAUAUUCAGAAUUCUGUUUUCAGUAUUUUAUAAUGACUUGAAAGUAAGAAUUGUGAUGUUUUUGUUACCUUUUUUAUGUACAUUGUGGAGCAGGUUCACAUGUGUCCAAGGCAGCCAGCACGGUUCAAGAAGCCUUGCGAUGAUGAUGAUGACAUGUAUGAUGUUAUGUCAGCACUGAUCCCAUUCAUUAAGAAAAGGAAUUUUUAAAGUUAAUAUAUCUUCUGUAGCAGAUACCAUCACCACUUUUAAAGACUUUCAACAGAAUGUAGGUCCUUUUGUGGUUUUCAAAUGUUUCUAUUCAAUCUAUUAUUUGUUUAAUUUCCUGAAACUUCUAGAACUAUGUUUGAAAAUAAAACCAAAAGUAUUUAUUGGGCAAGAGUGACUCCAUCCAAAGACAUUUCAUGUUUGUUUUUUUUAAUCCUGUGAUUGCAAUUUUUCCAAUUUUCUGUCCGCCUGGUCUCCUUUUUUAAUAAUAAAUGUAUAAACUCAACACUAAUGCACAA